UCUUCUUCUUCUUCUUCUUUUCUUUUUUCGGAUGUCUUAGAUUCUUUGUUUUUCUCUUGUGAUUUUAGUAAUUCAUGUAGUGGGUUCCUGAAUUUGUGACUCUAAUUUUACUGAUUAGUUUCAAUACGCACCCUUUCGAAUUUUCUGUAAUAUGGAUGAGUUUCUUCAUUCGUUUGGUGGUGUUCAUCUGAGUUUUUGUGUUUGUAGAAAUGGGGAAUUUGGGGGGAAGGAAAUAAUACAUUCAUAGAAGUGCUUCUUGAGAGAAUUGUGAUGUGUAUUUUGUGCUACUGGUUUGAAAAUAUUACUGUUCUCCCUGAAUUACAGCAGGGCGAGGUAGAACUUCUGAGAUAUUGUUUAGGGUGUUGGUGGUCUUGGAUCUACACUUCCGAUUUCAUGAAUGAUGUGACAGACACUGUGGGGAUAUUGAGUUUUGCCGGAUAUGGGUUCUUUUUUUAGUGUGGCGAAUACCAAAUCUGAUCGAAGUGAGUGGAAAGGGGUCUCUCCGAAUGAGACAUGUAAGAGGCAAAGAAUGUCACUUGCCGUUGAUGAAGAGAGUCCAAGACUAAUUCCUAAUCUCCCUGAUGAGUUAUCACUUCAGAUUAUUGCUAGAGUUCCUAGGAUUUGUUACUUCAAUGUAAGGCUGGUGUCAAGGAAGUGGAAGUCAACUAUCAUGAGUUCGGAACUAUAUAAAGUAAGAAAAGAACUCGGGACAACUGAAGAGUGGCUAUAUCUGUUGAUUAAGGUUGGAGGAAAUAAGCUAUUGUGGCAUGCUCUAGAUCCUCGGUCUCAGAUAUGGCAGAGAUUGCCUUGUAUGCCCAAUGUUGUUGAUGAAGAAGAAUCUAGAAAGGGUUCUUCUAGGCUUUGGAUGUGGAACAUGGUGGAAGGUAUCAGAAUUGCUGAAGUUAUUAGAGGCUUUCUUGGACAAAAGGAUUCAUUUGAUGAAAUGCCCUUUUACGGUUGUGCUAUUGGAGCUGUUGAUGGAUGUCUCUAUGUUCUAGGUGGAUUCUCUAAAGCUUUAACUAUGAGAUGUGUCUGGCGAUUCGAUCCGAUACAAAACAUGUGGAGCAACGUGACUUCUAUGUCUACAGGUAGGGCAUAUUGUAAGACAGGCAUCUUAAAUAACAAGCUUUAUGUUGUUGGAGGGGUUAGUCAAGGUCAAGCUGGACUAGUUCCUCUUCAGUCUGCUGAAGUUUUUGACCCCUCUACAGAUACAUGGUCUCAUGUACCUAGUAUGCCAUUCUCGAGAGCUCAAGUCCUGCCCAGCGCUUUUUUGGCUGACAUGUUAAAGCCUAUUGCCACGGGAUUGACCUCAUACAUGGGAAGGUUGUGUGUUCCACAAAGUUUGUAUUCAUGGCCCUUUUUUGUUGAUGUUGGCGGAGAAAUCUAUGAUCCUGAAACAAACUCAUGGAUAGAAAUGCCAAUUGGAAUGGGUGAGGGAUGGCCUGCACGGCAGGCAGGUACAAAAUUGAGUGUUGUAGUGGAUGGUGAAUUAUAUGCUUUUGAUCCUUCUAACUCUAUGGAUAGUGGAAGGAUCAAGGUAUAUGAUCAAGGAGAAGAUGCUUGGAAAGUUGUUAUUGGAAAAGUCCCAAUAUAUGAUUCUGCUGAUUCAGAGUCUCCGUAUCUUCUUGCUGGUUUCCAUGGAAAGCUUCAUGUCAUUACAAAAGAUGCCAGUCAUAAUAUUGCUGUUCUGCAGGCUGACCUGCGCAAUAAUUUGGAUCCUUCACCAUCAACAUCAACAUCAACUCCGUCACAAAGUUCCUUGCAUGAAUUUCCGGAAUCGUCUGAAUCAGAUGCAGUUGUUUGGAAGGUAGUUGCAAGUAGGGGUUUUGGGCAGGCUGAACUAGUCAGUUGCCAAGUUAUUGAUAUCUAGCUAGAAACCAAGCAAUGGAUAUGACACCCUUUGAAGUUGUCAGUUUGUUGAAAGUUACAUGUUAUCCCCAUGGAGUGAGUCCGUUUGUAUUUUGAGUCAGGUGUCAGCAAACGAGGAGUGCUGUAAUAGUUUGCAUGUACCUAUUGAUAUUUUUAUCUGAGGUAAAUAAGUACCAUAUAUAGUAGCUGUCAGUUUCGACACUGAUAUACCAGAAUAAUAUCAGAACAAUUCAUUAUUUAUCUACUAGAGAUAUUAAAUAAUGCAGUCAACGUGCUGCAUACGGUA